AUGGGUUUCUUCAGUCGUCUGCGGAUGACAGACACCCCGAGGGAGGUAUUCAACCUUCGUCUUUUUUGGGCUGUGGGAAUCUUCGGUAUUCUCGGAGCAGGCAGAGGUAUCGAUGAGGGUCUCGUCGGAGGCAUGAUCACCCUCAAAAGUUUCAAGGACGAGUUUCCAUUAGAAGUGGGCUCUGCGUCAGAGAUCGCCGACCGCGAAUCGAAUAUCACAAGUAUGGUGCAACUUGGAUCCAUAGGCGGUGCUUUGCUAGCAUUCCUGCUGUGUGAUCGCAUCGGCCGUGUCCGAACACUCCAAUUCCUCACGAUCAUCUGGGCCCUCGGUUUCGUGAUCGUUAUUACCAGCUUUGGCAACAUCGGACAGAUUCUCGCUGGCCGCUUGAUUGCUGGUAUUGGAGUCGGUAUGACCACUGUCGUUGGUCCUACUUACCUAGCCGAGGUCGCUCCCAAGGAGAUUCGUGGUAUGUUGACGAACAUCUUUGCCGGUGCCGUGUAUUUUGGUGUCACAAUUGCCUAUUUCGCGAACUGGGGUUGCUCUGAGAAUAUCCCAGACUCCUCUCGAUCCCAAUGGGUGGUUCCGCAGUCUGUCCAUAUUAUGUUUUCAGGAGUCAUCUUCCUUUUGUCUUGGACCGUACCGGAGACUCCUCGUUUCCUUGUCAUGAAGGGCAAACAUGAGGAGGCUCUUACGAAUCUUUGCGCACUACGCAAAUUGCCAGCUGAUCACCCGAGUAUCAUGUCGGAGAUGGCCGAGAUUCGCGAUAACAUUGAGACCGAACAAGAAAGCACCCACGGAUCUUCCUUCUUGGGCAAGAUGAAGGAGCUUUUCAUGCUCCCGUCAAACCGCUACCGUUUGAUGUUGGGCGUUAUGUCGCAACUUCUCGGACAAUGGUCUGGCGCAUCAGCCAUCACAAUCUACGCCACCAGCUUCUUCGCCGCUCUUGGAAAAACCGGACAAAGUGAGAAGCUUUUUGCCACAUGUAUCCUCGGUGUCGUUAAGCUCAUAUCAUCAUAUCUCUCUGCCUUCUUCCUGAUCGAUUUCUUCGGCCGGCGUCGCUCGCUGUACACGGGAAUUAUCAUCCAAGCCGCCACCAUCUGCUACAUCGCCAUCUACCUGGCCAAAGUCCCAGCCUCAGCCCAUGUUGGCGAGGACGGCGCAGCUGCAAUCACAGGCUCUGCUAAACAAGCAGGUGUCGCCGCAGUCGCAGCAAUCUAUCUUUCCGGCUUUGGCUGGUGUAUCGGCUGGAACUCGUUCCAAUAUCUGGUCAAUGCAGAGGUGUAUCCCAGUCGAUUGCGCGCUCUCGGCUCGUCUAUUGUGAUGUGCACCCACUUUGCCAAUCAGUUUGGUAACACCAAGGCCGUGCCCAGUAUGAUUCUCGCCAUGAAUAACUAUGGCUUCUUCUUCUUCUGCAGUGCGGUUUGUGUUGCCGGUCUUGUGUGGGUGUGGUUCUUUGUCCCUGAGACUGCAGGAAGAAGUCUCGAGUCGAUGGAGGCAUUGUUUGAGUUGCCUUGGCACCAGAUCGGUCGUCAUGGUAAGGAGCUUGCUCCUGAGGGAAUGAACUACUACGAUGAGAGUGACAAGGAGAAGUCGGCUGCUGUUCACCGGGAAUAG